UUAGUUAAGAACCGUUGGCAUGGAACGUUGGCAGAAUUGCAUCGCUGUUGUAACUGGGGCCAGUUCAGGCAUAGGAGCUGUGCUUACCCAGCAAUUAAUUGAAGCGGGCGUCACCGUGGUUGCCUUGGCCCGCCGGCUGGACCGGAUGGAGCAGCUACGGCAGCAUUUGACCGAGCCACUGCGCGAUCAGCUGCACAUCAGGCAGUGCGAUGUGACUAGCAUGGAGUCGGUAAGCGAUGCCUUCGAUUGGAUCGAAGAGAACCUCGGCGGCACCGACAUUUUGAUCAACAGUGCCGGCAAGCUAUCCGGUGGCCAACUGGUUACAAUGGCCCUGGACGUUGUGCAGCAGGUGUUGCAAACGAACGUCAUGGGUGUCGUAUACUGCACACAACGCGCCUUCCAAUCGAUGCGUCAACGUGACACAGCCGGCCAUGUGGUGCUUAUCAACAGCAUUGUGGGCCACUAUUUGUUCAAUCCGCUGCCCGGCAGCCUGCAAGAGCUGAACAUGUAUCCGGCCACAAAGCAUGCGCUGACUGCCAUGACGGAGCUCUUCCGUCAGGAGUUUCGCGACCUCAAGACAAAAGUAAAAAUUACAAGCAUUAGUCCGGGCCUGGUGGAUACAGAUCUGGUGCCACAGGCCUACAAGCGGCUGCCAAUGCUGCAACCCGACGAUGUGGCCAAUGCCAUCAUAUAUGCUCUGUCAACGCCGCCGCAUGUACAGGUGCACGAGCUAACCAUCAAGCCAAUGGGGGAACCAUUUUAAAAAUGUGGAAGCGACUCUCUCUCAAAUCAAAUAUUUUCAACAAAUUUCAAAAUAUCUGUCAGCUUUUUGUAGCAAUUUGUGCUUUUUCAAACUAAUAAACAUGGCCAAAAAAAAAGAAA